UCUCCCAGGAGCCACCGCUCUUCCUUUUCCAGUAAGCGGCCUGAGCUGACCCCUAAAAAUGGUGUGCUAUUCACUCGACCCAGAAAACCCCACAAAAUCAUGCAAAUCAAGAGGUUCAAAUCUUCGUGUUCACUUUAAGAACACUCGUGAGACUGUCCAGGCCAUAAAGGGUAUGCAUAUCCGAAAAGCCACCAAGUAUCUGAAGGAUGUCACUUUAAAGAAGCAAUGUGUGCCGUUCCGUCAUUACAAUGGUGGAGUUGGUAGGUGUGCACAGGCCAAACAGGGGGGCUGGACACAGGGUCGGUGGCCCAAAAAGAGUGCUGAAUUUUUACUACACAUACUCAAAAAUGCAGAGAGUAAUGCUGAACUUAAGGGCUUAGAUGUAGAUUCUCUGGUCAUUGAGCACAUCCAAGUCAACAAAGCCCCCAAGAUGCGGCGCAGGACUUACAGAGCUCACGGUCAGACCAACCCCUACAUGAGCUCUCCCUGCCACUUUGAGAUGAUCCUUACUGAAAAAGAACAGAUUGUUCCUAAACCAGAAGAGGAGGUUGCACAGAAGAAAAAGAUAUCCCAGAAGAAACUGAAGAAACAAAAACGUAUGGCCCGGGAAUAAGUGCUGCAGAAAAUGAAUGCAAAUAAAAGUAAAAGUGUUGGUUGUCUUAA